AUGAGCCCUAAGAUUGACCUAUCGCAACUAGUACCAAAUGCUAUUGGGUUGUUAGCAUUUGAUGAAAACAAUCAGGUUGUUGAUGCUUUUGGUAUUGGCAAAGAACGCAAAGGGGACAUACGACAACUGAGUCAAGUUGAAGUAGAUGAUGAAGGAUUUGCGUUACUACAAGAAAAUGACAUUGAAGUGAUUUUACUAAAACAACAUGAUAAAACAAUUGCUGUAUAUAGAUACUCAUCACAGUAA